AGCAAAUCAACUGGUUUUUUUAACGACAGCCGUUGCCCGCUCAAAAUGUUGAAAAGUUAUUUUACUAAAACAUAAUUUAAUUAUUUAAAUUAAAAUAGUUAAUAAUUAACAAAAGUUACUAGAAUUUUUUUUAAAAAAAUGAUCGAGUUUCCACUUGGGUACCGCGAAGUCGUGCCCGAUCAAACCCAGCCUGAAAAAUGGAAGGAAAUUAUUUUGAACACCGGUGUAAGUCAAAGUACUCUCCAGGACAUAAAAGUACCAGAACGAGCCAGUGGUUAUUCUUAUCGUGACAACUACAAAUAUUACACACGAAACCGGUUCAUUUACUGGCGAAUAAGCCACGAUGUCUUGGAACUGGUGGAGCACAGCUUUGAUAUAAAUCUAAUAAACUGUAAAAUUCGUUAUAAAUUCACUGACACUCCGAUACUGGACGGUAUUUCUAUUCACGAGACAGCUAACUCGGUGAUAAUACUCGUGGCGACCGUAUCUAGUAUCCACAAACUGACGUUUCCGCAUCCGGAUAAAAUACACAAGCAGGAACACUUGCUGGCUUCACACCCAGACUUGACGAUCCAGUCGAUAUUCAGCGAAGCCUCUGCCCAAGUAGCCCGCGAUCCCCAUUCUUUCCACGUGAUAGCGAAUGUUGGGACGACGAACGCACCAGUACCACAUGCAGCUGCCUCAUGGCUGACUCUGCCCCAUGAGGAAGCGCUUUUUGCGCUGGCUUACAACACUGGCAGCAUUUUGCUGCUGAGACUCGACGCGGCCACGGGAUUGGUUCACACGAGCGAGCUCAAACAGGACUCAAUAGUCCCGAGAUUCUUGAGCGGGAUCGCCACGGCCUUCAGAGGUCGCAACACUGAAGGAAUGGUGGGAAUGUCGCUAGUUAUUCAUCCCUGUGGUGAUGACACCUACUUAUUUGCGCUCUGUCGUGAAGGAAACGUCAGAAUGUGGUCCUGCAACAAGGCCCAGUGCGUUGCAGUCACCGAGGUCGCUGCUGACAGUCAAGUUGCCCAGGGUGCUCAUGGUCAUAUGCUCAGAAAAAUUCUUGGAUCAAUGGACAACGAGCUGUACCUAGGAACGUACCUUAAGUUUAAUUACGGGUGCGAGUUUAGUAUUCUCAGACCUGUUCAGGACGCGGGUCUGUUUAAAUUUAUUCGCGUGUGCACACUAUUCCCACCGGACCAGCAUUUAGUUGACUUUUCAUUCACACCAACGCGGCUGUGGGCCGUCUGGAGAACGACUCACAUGGACGCGGUCGCGGUAACUCAUGCUCAGUUGCCUCUCAGUGGCGCGCAGGUCAGCUCUGAAUGGGAAACGGCGAUUCUGGAACCGAUUCCCGACCGCGAUUAUAUUAUGACAGACCCUGGUACUGAUCCUAGUCAGGCUUACCUGAGUUACAUCUUCCACCCGGGUCAGUUUUCUCUUGCGGACAUCACGAGAGCUCUAAAUAUUUACCGGCGGUCGAAUUUUAUGGCGGACAUGACGCUGUCGCCUGCGAUAUUGAAGGAACGAGUUUGCAUGGCCGUCGAAGCGGAAAUUCAAGCAGAAGUUAUGGACUACGAACUCACGGACGAAGAUUACUUGGAGAUCGCCAAUCGCUGCUGGUCGAAAUUUUACUCAUGUGUGAUACAGUACCACGUUAAUGGCAGCAGACCUGUUGGUUUACUCUUGCUGCCGACUGUCUAUGGAGUAGUGCUGCUAAAGAAAUCAUUUUUCUCACUUCUGCGACCGAUGGAGGCCCUCGAACACCUGAUGCUCUCCAACGAAAAGUCUUUCGCCUCCCGGUUCAAGACCACCCCGAUCUUAUCGCAAGAUGAAGACACUUGCCAGGACUUGAUUGAACUGAUGGAAACUCUGGUGAUGCUCGAAGAACAACUGUCUGAAGAAACAAAAGUUAAUUUCCAACGCGAGCUCUCUUACCUCAAGAGCCCGGACAUAAUCGUAGAGGAAUUAUUCUCAAGAUUUCUGACCGAACCAGACGACCCGAUGUCCGAGUACGACUUCCAAAUGGAGCUCUACCACAAACUAGAGAACAUCAGAGACGCAGCGAGUGCCAUGGCGAUGUUAAUAGAAGCCUUGACUUAUGAUCUCGGUCAGCCAGACAGACUCAAACUGGACCCCGAGCCCGAGACCUCGCGGAUGCUUCUCACCAUCAGCCAUCUCUUCGGAAGCCAACUCGGCGUCUCGACAGUUUCCGAGUCUGUAUCGCAAAUAAUAAAACUCCGCUUCAGCAUCUGCCGCAAUCUGUUGCUUCUCCAGCAGAUAAUUCUCGGUCGGCCGGAAAUAUUCGACUCCCGGAUACUCCACACGAUAAAAUCAUCACUGGCACCGCGUACAGUAAUCCUUACCCAGGCAUACUUUGUAGUAAAUUGGAUCUGCGAGUCGACGGUGAACUCUCAGUCGCGACCAACCCUCCUGGAGACCAGUAUGCAGCGACUCCAAACCUUGAAAUUAAAUGAAACCCGCGCAAUAACAGCAGUCAGCAGACAUCAGCGAUCUACGUCACUACUUGAGCUGUUCAUCCAGAGUUCUGGCGCAAAACACGCCUACAUACUGAUGGCAAACAACAUGGAACUCGACGCGACGACUCUCAUCCCCUGGCACUUCGGGAUGCUGACCCACGUGAAUCUGAUCGCCCAACUGGUCUGGCCUAUUUGCGGGAACUUUGUCUUCCCCGAGUGGCUCCUGUCCAGCUGCCAGUUCAUUCUCGUCCAAGACUACGUCCGCUUGCUGAGCACCUGGUGCGAGUGGAACAGCGCCUCGCGUAAAUUUAUACUCGCAGUCUCUCUUUUGGAGCUCGGAGAAACCAGCAAAGCUUGCGACCAGUUCCUCCGUGCUUCCGGUGGCAUUCUCACGGACAAUUUCCUCGUGAGCAUUCUCCUCGACGCACCCGACGACUCCAGCGACGCGCUCGUUCAGUACUUCCUCAAAGUGAUAGAACUCUUCGAGCAACAUGGACCCUCUAAAUAUAUAAUCGAGCUCGCCGAAACCGCCAUCACCAUCGCAGAGAAGGACAACCCAAACCUAGCGACCCUCCACUCCAUAAUAUUCACCCAGCACCUCCAGCUUGGACACCAUAAAGAAGCUUACCACUGUUUGAAUUCAAACCCCGACGCCGCAAGACGUUCUGAUUGUCUGAGACAGCUGGUGGUCACUCUGUUCGAGCGGAAAAAAUUAAUAGACCUAGUUUCUUUUCCUUACGUCGACAUGUACGAGGAACUAGAGAGAAUAGUCGUCGGCAGAGCUCGCAGCGUCGAUUUAAUGGAAAACAAUUACUACAAUUUCCUGUACAGCUUUCACAUCGAGAAGAACAACAUCAGAAAAGCCGCAUCUGUAAUGUAUGAGCAGGCGAUGCGCCUCAGCCAGGAAUCCCACUCAGUCCCGAUAAUAACUCGGCAAGCUCAGUGUCUGCUCGCUUGCAUCAACGCUCUGAACCUGGUCAACGAGAAUUACAGGUGGAUCGUGAAGCCGGUCGUCGACCAGACUUACCCAGACGAAGCGAACCCCAAGAAGAAGCGGAGCAUCGGCGGCAAAGAAGUUCUGCAUUACAAGAUUAAAAAAAUGGUCGAGGUUUUGGAGCUCAAGGACAUACAGAACGAGUACUAUUUAGUGGACGCGAGGCUGAAGCUCUCCAAAUUCAAAUCCGAGCUGCACACCAUCGCCCAAGCUGGGGCCGCUGAGCUGAUUGUUAUUCUGUCGAGCGUCGGCCUGUACACGGUGGCGCUUAAUUUGUGUGACAAGUUCAAUAUUGGCAAGGCUCCCGUACUGGAGAAUCUUGCGGCACAGAGCUUGAGACUGAGCGAGCACGAGGACCCGAAUGCCUGGGACUGGCUGGUACUCAACGACGUCUUUGAUAUCACGGGCUACGGCUCCAAUAUCACUGACAUCGCGUGGCGGUUGCUGGAGAAGUUGACUAUUGGACACGAGAAGAAGGACAGCAGCGAGCUGCACAAAGCCGUGGCCAAGAAGAUUCUCCAACACGAAGCGUUUUUGCCUCAAUGGCUGAUUGCUUCUUACAAAAAACGCAAUGCAGCAGAGUUACUGAGACUUGUCCUCAACUCCGGGCGGCUAUUAGAGGCAACAGAUCUGGCUGUGGACUACAUAAACGCCGUUUUGGGUGAAGGGAAAGAGCACUUUGGACUAGAGACUCCACUAGUUAUGUCCGGACCAGCAGUUUGGUUGCCUUUCAAUACAUUAGAAGUUUUAUUGUCGGAACUUGAACAUGCUAGCAAAGAAGACCAUACUUAUAUUGAGAGCUACGAGCAUUUGAACAAUAAGUUGGAGUGUUACAUUGACACUGUGGUCCGUGUGUCGAAUGACAUGGUCAGAUUUAAAGUUCAAUCCAGUUAUAACACGUUUAAAAACUCGUAGUCCAUAGAGCGAGUGGUCCCGACACCUGAUUCAAAUUUUUUACUGUCAGCUCAACCAGUAGACAAAAAUAGAAAUAAUUAUAAUAAUAAUAAAUUCAAUUGAUAUACUCGUUAAGACUUACGCCAAUUAGAAUAAUAAUUAAAGUAAAUAAAUAAUAAAUGUUAUAUAAUUAAGUGACAGUCGAUAUUUAAU